AUGGCCGAAUGGCUGGGAUGCGUGAUCCAUACCCUGGGUUGGCUUGUUGUUGUAAUAUUGUCGAUCUUUCUCAAUCAUGGAGAGGCCAGUAUGGGGGGUGGCAACCUCGUCACCCUAACCUACACUUCCGUGUUUGUCAUGGACCUGGUGGAGGUACUGUACUUUACCUACCUGAAGCCGAAUAUGAUUAUCUACUACCACCGCCUCUACCUUGUGUGGGUUAAGAAGAAGACGCUGGAGAAUGCAGCGGUUGAACAGCUCACAUCCCACAUUCUUAGUUGCAUGUACAAUUUGGACACCGACUCGGCAGCAAAGAGUUCGGUAAGUGUCCGGGAAUGA